CUCUUUCGCGCUUCCCAGGCGGCGAUAGCCCGCCUCCCUUCCGUCUGUGGAGGCCGAAUUAGGGAGGCGACGGGCAGCUUUAUUCAUCCAGUAGCGAUUUGCUUGCCGCGAGCAUCUCAGUCUUCCAACAGGAAGGAUUGGAGAAACUCUAGCGAAUUCGGGGGAGAGAAUAUGGGGGUGGAAUUGAUGAGUAACAACGACAUGGCUAUUUAUGAGAUGGAGGACGGCUACCUCAGCGAUACCGAGGCGUUUUACUCUGUUAUACAAGUCCUCGAUGGUGUUCGGAUGGCUCCAAAUUUGAUAGCCGAAAGUGACAGAGAUCAGUAUGCCAACCUGCUUAGCAUUGUUGAUCCAGGCAAGAGAAUGGGUCCCGAUGAGGAAGCCUUGCUAGUGACAGCUUUGAAGGCACUUUCAGGAGCUGUCUCCAAGAUAGACACCGUAUUCCAUGGCUCCCUAUUGAAUAACAUAUUGUCCAUGUGCGUUUGGAACUAUGGCUUGGAUGCUAGAAAUGCACUGUUAGAAUUAAUCACUACUUUGGCUGCUGUACCUGACAAGUUCCUCGAUGGUUGUCUGCACAUGCUUGUUAGCAAUUUCCUGCCUCCUCGAAGGCUACGGGAAUCGAUUAGCCAGUCACGGUGGCUCACAAGAAAGAAAGAAGUUCAUAGUCAGCUGCAUUUGGCUUUGCAUCAUAUUGCUGAUUUGGUGCCUCUUGCUCCAAUGAAGCUGAAGGAUGUCAUUGAUAAAAGAAUGCCAAGAUAUACUGAUCCCAAAGAUGUGAUUGUAGUUUUUGUAGAAUGCAUGCUGGGACUGGAGAGCGAUGAAAUUGGAGAAUUCCUUGGAAACAUAUUGCUCGCAAAGGUGGUGGAUCUGCUUACAGACAUAGAUGUAAACAUAAGCUGGGAAGACAUUCUACAGGAAGACCAUAACAAAGGCAUAUUUGAUAUGGAACUUGAAGAGUGGGAGGAAAAUACAGAUAACAUUGCGAAAGAUAGCAUAAAGAACCUGGAAGAAUCUAAUAGAAUUCUCAAUGGCAAUGUUUUUGCUGAGAAAUUGGACAGUCUGAUGGUGAUUGUGUGUGAAUAUCUCAAAUUGUGUGCAGAUGGUGGCCAUUUGUUGAAGGUAUUUGAAAUGCUUAUGGAGAUCUUUCGGAGAACUGUGAUGAAUGCUUACAAGUCAAAGUUUGCUCAGUUUGUGAUGUUCUAUGCCUGUUCAUUGGAUCCUGAAAUCUGUGGUCUGAAGUUUGCUGUUCUGCUGACAGAUAUUUUUGUUUCAAAAAUAGAGAGUCCACUUUCCAGAAUGAGUGCUGUUUCAUAUCUUGCAAGUUAUCUGUCCCGAGCUAAGUUUAUUUCAUCUUCCCUUGUUGCAAGUAUACUUAAAAGAUUAGUGGACUGGUGUUUUGAGUAUUGCCAGCUGCACAGCAUUCAGGAAAAAAUAGUAAAGCCUGAAGCUCAUCGAGUCUUUUAUUCUGGGUGUCAGGCUGUGAUGUAUGUCCUCUGCUUUCGCAUGAGGUCGAUAAUGGAUGUUCCACAUCUCAAAUCGCUGCUUCUUCAUAUGCCUUUAAGUUCCAUCAUGUGUCAUCCCUUGGAUCCUCUUAAGGUGUGCUUGCCUUCCAUAGUGCAGGAGUUCCUGAGGCAGGCAAAGGCUGCUAGAUUGUUCAACAAGUCAGUGCCUUCCCUCUAUGACAACUUGCUCGAGUCUGAAUUCUCGAAGGCUUUUGGGGGGAUUGAGAGAUUAGACAUGUUCUUCCCAUUUGAUCCAUAUUUGCUAAAAGAAUCUGACAGGUUUAUGCGACCGCAUUUUGAGUUCUGGUCUAUGGUUAAGACAACAUAUAGUAACUACAACAGUGAAGAUGAAUACGAGUAUGAGGAUCUUGAUGCCCCCGAUUUUGCAGACAAGGUGGGGAGCUCUGACGGUGAGGAUGAUCUUGAGUACUCAAUGAAUAAGAUGUCAAUAACUCCCAAGCCUGCCUUCCACUAUCAUAUAGCUGCCGAGUCCCAUGCGCCCUCUCGAAUGCCUGCUCGAAUCAGACCAUCCGUAAGCCCUACCUGGUAGAUCCAUUUAAUAUUUUGUUUGAUUAAUUGUUCUUUUCAAGACAAAGAGUCGCCAAAUGCUGGCAAUCGGAAGCAGGCAGCUUAGCUGGUAUCAGAUGGUGGAGCUUGUACGCUAUUUUGAUAUUGUAACCAAGUCCAAUUCUUCUGCAAUUUGUUGCAGUUAAUUAGGUACUUGGCUUAACAUGUAAAGUAGAAAGAAGUGAUGUUGAUGAAAAAUACAUUCUUCUGAAACGUAUACCUUGUUCCAUUUUAUUUGUCUGUAACCGCUCAGAAUCAAGGACAAAGUUCUGCAAGUGAGAAAAUGUUUCUAAGAGAAGCUCUGCAGGGAA